AUCUUUGUUUACUUGUGUUCCGUCAAUCUUCGGUUUUAAUCCUCGUGCAGCGAUGCAGCUCACAUUAUAGGCUCUUUUUGCACCCUUAGUAAUAUGUUUUCUUAUUUACAGCUAUUGGUUGCGGCGUGAACAUCGUCAACACACGCGUGAAGCUCUAACAAACAUGGCAGGUGUUAUCCGGAGGCUCGACGAGACGGUUGUCAACCGAAUUGCUGCCGGAGAAGUCAUUCAACGUCCAGCCAACGCCGUCAAAGAAAUGAUAGAAAACUGCUUGGAUGCAAAGUCGACAAAUAUCCAGGUGACAGUGAAGGAUGGAGGGCUGAAACUCCUCCAGAUCCAGGACAACGGGACCGGAAUCCGGAAAGAAGAUAUGGAAAUAGUCUGUGAAAGGUUCACCACCAGCAAACUCCAGACCUUUGAGGACCUUUCGGCCAUUGCAACCUAUGGAUUCAGAGGAGAGGCUCUGGCCAGUGUAAGCCACGUAGCUCAUGUUACAAUAACCACUAAGACUGCUGAAGCCAAGUGUGCAUACAGAGCCAGCUACAGCGAUGGAAAACUCAAAGGCCCUCCCAAACCAUGUGCCGGCAACCAGGGGACGCAGAUUCUGGUGGAAGACCUUUUCUACAAUGUGUCCACCAGGAGGAAAGCCCUGAAGAGUCCUGGCGAUGAAUACUCCAGGAUCGUAGAGGUCGUCAGCAGGUACGCUGUACACAACUCAGGAAAGAGUUUCUCAGUCAAAAAGCAAGGAGAGACCGUAGCAGACGUGAGGACGCUACCUAAUGCGUCCGUGACGGAUAACAUCCGGAGCAUAUUCGGGAACGCGGUCAGCAGGGAGCUGAUAGAAGUUAACAGUGAAGAUCAGAAGCUGGCCUUCAAGAUGAAAGGCUACGUCUCAAACGCGAACUACUCUGUGAAGAAGUGCAUCCUGAUUCUGUUCAUCAACCAUCGUCUCGUGGAAUCCAGCGCGUUGAAGAAAGCGGUCGAGACCGUUUAUGCGGCGUACCUUCCCAAGAACACGCACCCCUUCCUGUACCUGAGCCUGGAAAUCGCUCCACAGAACGUGGAUGUGAACGUGCACCCCACCAAGCACGAAGUGCAUUUCCUGCACGAGGACAGCAUCAUCGAGAGUGUUCAGAAGCACAUUGAGAGCAAACUUCUGGGCGCCAACUCCUCGCGGACGUACUUCACGCAGACAUUGCUGCCUGGAUUAUCGGCCUCAGGUGGCUCAGAGGAAAAGGCCUCCAGCGCCGCGGCGGAGCCGGCCGAGCGCGUCUACGCUCACCAGAUGGUGAGGACUGACUGCCGCGCUCAGAAACUGGAUGCUUUCCUCAAACCAAAAGAAAAGCAGCCUGCUGAUCCAGAGACGGCUGGUCCCAGCAGCGGCAAGACCGCCACCAACGCCGACCAGCCGGGCGUCACAGAGCUGAAGGAUAUAGAUGAUGAAGAUAUGAUGGAGGCUCUGGAAGAGCAAGAAGCAGACCUGGUGGAAGACCAGGAGGAAAGCAGCAUUGCCUCUUUGGAUGGACAAAGAAAGAGGCCGAGAACAGAGGAGGAGGGACAGAAGGAGGUGGACGAGGAGCUGACGGCGGCAGCCUCGCCUAAACGAAGAGUCAUCAAGCUGAACAGCGUCAAAGAUCUGAGAGCUGAGAUCGCUGAGAACACACACAAAGGUCUUCAGGAAGUGUUGCAGAGCCACUCUUUCGUGGGUUGUGUCAAUCCGCAGUGGGCUUUAAUCCAGCAUCACACCAAACUCUACCUGCUCAACGCCACUAAGCUCAGCCAGGAGCUUUUCUACCAAAUUCUCAUUUACGACUUUGGAAACUUUGGCGUCCUCAGACUAUCUGAACCAGCUCCUCUUUAUGACCUCGUCUUGCUGGCGUUGGACUCGGCGGACAGCGGCUGGACUGAAGAGGACGGCCCCAAGGAAGGCUUAGCUCAGUAUAUUGUGGAUUUUUUGAAGAAAAAGGCUGAAAUGCUGGAGGACUACUUUUCUCUGGAGAUAGAUCAGCUCGACAGGAAGUGAAGCCAGAGCGGGGAUUCCUGUGGUCACGGAUGGAAGGUUCCGCUCAGUUUGCAAAUUUCAUUUAAAGAGCAAGUCACCCCCUACCAGAGUAUUACUCCACUCCCACUUCCUGUUUUAAAAAUGCAACAAAUGCUGUUGCCUGGCAGACUUGAGGGCAGAGCCACCGACAAAUACACACACACAGACCCACAACGACAUUGUGACAUCAUAAUGUGCCAGCUAACGUCCUAGUGUACCUCUUAGCCAAUAGCGAUGGCAGAUUUAAAUUUAAAUGCAGUGCAGAGUUUUGGCCUAAAGACGGCACAACACUGACAGUUUUAGGCAGAAAAUUAAAAUUUUAACUAAGAUGAGCUAAAGUGCCAAAUUGUUGACUGCACAUGUCUGCAGCACGAUUAGAGACUCGUUUAUAUAGUUUAUCAGCAAAAAAACGUUGAUUUUGGGGUAACUUGCUCUUUAAGGAGUUGUUCCACAUCUUCUGUUUAGAGUCUGGUUUUGUUCCAGUCGGAAACAUUCAGGAGAUGGACCUGUUGCCUGCGAACGCAGCCGGUUCGCUGUCAGCUGGCAGAGCUGUAAGUUUGUUGCCAUGGCAACGUGUGCGAGUGUGUCGAGAGCCGGCAGACCGGAGAGAUUGAGGAGAUUCUGGACAUGUUCUGGAAGUUUAGAUCUGUUGUUCUUGGGUUUUUAUGUUCUUCACCAUAAAAACACCAGACAAUAUUAGCUAGCAUGCUGUGUAAGUGAAAUGCGGUUACGUAGGAGCAUCAGUAGAAAUUAAGGCAGGAAAGGUGCCAACGGCAGAUGGAAAAAAGUUGUGGUUUUGCGCGGGCCACUCCAGCACUUAUCCAGUCAGAAACCAGAACCAGUCAAGAAUCUGAAGGUAGUCCUCUUUGAUUUAUUAAACCACUUUGUGCAACACACCACAGCAUGAUGCUGCCACCAUCGUGCUUUACAGUUGCUCUGGUGUUCUUAGGUCUGAAACCCUCACCUCGACUCCUCCAAACUUGAUUAUGACCAGGGCUGCACGAUGAUAGGAAAACCUGCGAUAUGCGAUAACAGUGAUUAAUGUUGCGAUGACUAUAUGACUUGCGAUAAAUACAAACUUAACUCAAAAAAUGACUAAAAAAAAUCAUAAAAAAGAGGAAAGCAAAAGAUCUGAGGAAAGGGAAAAAGAAAAUGAACAAGAAAAGGCAAUCAGUGGGUCCCGGGAAAAGCAGAAUCAGCAGAAAGAGCAGAACUAAGCUAACUCAGGUGUUUGCUAACCAUCAAAAUUAAGUGCCGUCCACCUCGGGGGCGGGCGUCUAACCUAUGAGAACCCACCCAAUUGGCCAAAUGCGUGAAGAGCUCUAUUUGAUUUGUUAAAAACACAUCAUGCUUCCGUUUGAUUGACAUAAUGCGUUAUGUAGCAAAGAUUUGAGCUGACCAUUCAUUGCGAUAUUUAUCUGUUCUUUGCGAUACACUGAUAUCGUGAUAACAAUAUAUUUGCGAUAUAUUGUGCAGCCCUAAUUAUGACUAAAUUUGACUACUUUGCCCCCAACAGGAAGGAAAUCUAACAGGCCUGCCGCUCCUCC